AUGGCCAAGCUCUGGUUCAAGUUCCAGCGGUACUUCCGCCGAAAGCCCGUGCGCUUCUUUAUCUUCCUGGUGCUCUACCUGACGGCCGGGAGCCUCGUCUUCCUGCACGCCGGCUUCGUGGGCCAGCCCGCCGUCCCCCAGAACCAGGCCAGCGCCGCCGCCGUAGCCGCCGCCAUAGCCGCCGGGGCCCCGGCCGAGGGCGCCGAGGUGCCCUUCCUGGAAGACUGGCACCUGGGCAGAGGCUUCAGGGACGCGGGGGAGACCUUGAGCCUCGCCCGCAGAUACGGACACGGACCCUGGUUCAAGGGCAAAGAUGGGAUGGAGAGAGCCAAGCUGGGCGACUAUGGAGGUGGAGCCUGGAGCCGAGCCCUCAAGGGGAGGGCUGUCCGGGAGAAGGAGGAGGAGCGAGCCAAGUACAUCGGCUGCUACCUGGACAACAUCCAGAGUCGGGCCCUGCGAGGCGUGUCCUUUUUCGACUACAAAAAGAUGACCGUCUUCCGUUGCCAGGACAACUGCGCAGAACGGGGUUACCUGUAUGCCGGGCUGGAGUUCGGUGCCGAGUGCUACUGCGGCCACAAGAUCCAGGCGGCCAACGUGAGCGAGGCCGAGUGCGACAUGGAGUGCAAGGGCGAGCGGGGCAGCCUGUGCGGCGGCGCCAACCGCCUCUCCAUCUACCGGCUGCAGCUGGCCCAGGAGUCGGCCCGCAGGUAUGGCAGCGCAGUCUUCCGAGGCUGCUUCCGCCGGCCCAGCAACCUCUCCCUGGCCCUGCCCGUGACGGCCGCCAUGCCAAACAUGUCGGUGGACAAGUGCGUGGACCUCUGCACAGAGAAGGAGUACCCGCUGGCGGCCCUCGCGGGCACCGAGUGCCACUGCGGCUUCCCCACCACGCGCUUCCCCCUGCACGAGAGGGAAGACGAGCAGCUGUGCGCCCAGAAGUGCAGCGCGGAGGAGUUUGAGAGCUGUGGGACCCCCAGCUACUUCAUCGUGUACCAGACACAGGUGCAGGACAACCGCUGCAUGGACAGAAGGUUCCUUCCAGCCAAGUCCAAGCAGCUCAUCGCUCUGGCCAGCUUCCCAGGGGCCGGCAACACGUGGGCCCGCCACCUCAUCGAGCUGGCCACCGGCUUCUACACCGGCAGCUACUACUUCGACGGUUCUCUCUACAACAAAGGGUUCAAAGGCGAGCGGGACCACUGGCGCAGCGGGAGGACCAUCUGCAUCAAGACGCACGAGAGCGGCCAGAAGGAGAUCGAGGCCUUCGACGCCGCCAUCCUGCUCAUCCGCAACCCCUACAAGGCCCUCAUGGCCGAGUUCAACCGCAAAUACGGCGGCCACAUUGGCUUCGCCGCGCAUGCGCACUGGAAGGGCAAAGAGUGGCCCGAGUUCGUGCGGAACUAUGCGCCGUGGUGGGCCACGCACACGCUGGACUGGCUCAAGUUCGGCAAGAAGGUGCUGGUGGUGCACUUCGAGGACCUGAAGCGGGACCUGUUCGCGCAGCUGGGCCGCAUGGUGCGCCUGCUGGGCGUGGCCGCGCGCGAGGACCGGCUGCUGUGCGUGGAGAGCCAGAAGGACGGCAACUUCAAGCGCUCGGGGCUGCGCAAGCUGGAGUACGACCCCUACACGGCGGACAUGCAGCGCACCAUCCAGGCCUACAUCAAGCUGGUGGACGCAGCCCUGAGGGGGCGUAACCUCACGGGCGUGCCUGACGACUACUACCCCAGAUGAUGGGCUGGCCGGGGAGGGGCCUCAAGGCCUCUGGGGACCCCCCAACCCAUCGUCUGGCCGGGGACAGCCCCCUCGGCUGCUGCUGGCCUUCAGUGCGUGUCCUGCAUGACACAGGAGCCUCAGGGGACAGCCACCUGCCCGCCCACAGCCCUUCCCAGCCUAGGAGGCCCCUGAUUGAGGGCGGGGGGAAGGGGUCCCAGCCACACAGACUUCUGUCCCCCACCACUCUGGUUCUCCCCCUGGGAGGUGGGCUCCUGGGUGCCUCCCAUGGGUCCUGGGGACCUGGGUGCUAAGGAAAGUGACCCCGGUGCUCCGCCCUCUGGGGCUGGGCUCCCGUGGGCCCCUCUCUCCACCGAGCAGCAGCGAGCGGCACCUGGUUCAUCGGCCGCUCGGGGGGACGAAAGACGGAUGGCUGGAGGCUUCUCAUGGCGUCCAGUUUCGGACAUCCUGGCUGGGUGGGGGAGCCCCAAUGCUCGCGGGAGGUUCACGGGCACCCCCAGGCAGGGUCCCCGCAUCGCGAGCCCACCCCACUGCUCCUGAGGACCGAGUCAAGGUCAAACUCUGCCCUUCCCUGCCCCACUGGGCCCAGGAGGUGACCUGAGGGUCCCUGAUCCCCCGUCCCCCGUCCAGGGUUCUCUGGGCACCAAAGGUUACCCCCACCCCCACCCCCAGGAUGGCCGAGGGCCCACACGGACUCCGAGUAAG